AUCCGGCCUUCCGUCCCGCUACAUAAUCUCAGACUCCCUUCUAACUCAACUCACCCGACAUUCAUCACAUAUAAUUCAUCUAUCCAUCUGCGUCGUGAUCAUUAACGUCGAACUAUGGCUAUCAAACAUCUCGCACUCUUGGCGUUGGUCGGCGGCGCCUUCGCGCAGACAUCCAUGGAUGACACCGCCACCAGUUUGACCGACAUCUCUCCCGCGAGCGAUGCUACCGCCACCGACAUGUCUGACUCCAUGAUGACAACGACGGUAACGGAUAUUAGUGCCACAACAUCCGUAUCAACGGAGGUGUCUGUAUCUUCAUCGGAGACUUCCAGUGCGUCUGUCACCGUGUUGACGUCAACGUUGACGGCGUCGUCUAUGUCUAGUAUGUCUAGCGAUAGCAUGGGGUCUGAUAUGUCAUCUAUGGCCUCCGAGACCGGAACGGGAACGACGGCCGGCGUAGCACCCGUCGGUACUGGCGGAGUAGCGUCGAAUGGUACCGGCUCCGGCUCAACGCCCGUAGCAGGAGACGCUGUUAUGACCGGUGUUUCGGUCGGACUAUUCAUCGUGUCCGUAGCACUUACUGCUUUGAUACAACUAUAAUAAAACCGACUGGAGAUAUCAGUAACUAUGAGCAACAUAUUUAUAAUAGGAUCAAAGGAGGAGGGUCGGAGAAACCAAUUACACUCUCUUAGAUGGCCUUUCCCUAUGUCUAUGCUACCUACAUGAUUCUUUUAUUUGGAACAGUCAAAGUUAUAGCGGAGGGAAUUAGCUUCUGCCAACCAGUUUAUUUUACAGGGAAAGGUUACAAUCUAUAAUAUUUACUCGGAGCAGCAUUGCAUCUUUGGACGAAAGACCCUACGUAGCGUGGUUACUUGGAUGCGCCUACUGUUAAGCAUACAAUUAUGCGGAUAAUACCUAUGUAAGCCGGCUGACGCUUAUCGUUGGUUGUAUCAUCCGGCUCUCUAGAUAAAUUGGAAAGGAAACAGAGGACACACCGCUUACACGUUUAUCGAAAUACAAAAUAGCUUGCAUGAAUAACUAGAUAUUCAUCUCGUAAUGGUAGUAUGAAGGAUUCAAGAUGAACUUGAGUCCUUGAGCCUCUAGGCAAAAAGGUAUUCAAAGAACACACUAAUGUCAUCUAGUGGUACGUGACUGGUAAGGAACGAAGAGAGAUUGACAUUCGAAAUACCUGAAACAGC